AGUGGUGGAAAGCCCUCCGAAGUGGUGAAUUCAGAUUAUUUUCUCUUGUGUGGUGCCUCGACGAUUUUUCUCUGCGAUUUUCCUCAGGAAAAUCAAUCAUUGCGCUUCACAUUGCUGCAUCGACAGUUGCCCCAAGUGGAGCAUCAUCCAUUUACCGUGUAGAAUUGGUCACAUCUGUGGACAUUGCAGAAAUAUUUGCAAUUGAAAAAGCUACGUCGUGGAGAGUGCGGUGAUUUUUUUUACUUGAUCAAAUUUUUGUGGUGGAGACACUGAAAGUUUAUCUUUCCGGAGACGUCUUUUUUGCUGAAGCCCCCUCAUUAGAUUUUCCAUCGUGUGUGUGAGAGAGAUACUAAAGAUUAUAACCAUCAGAAAGGUGACUAGUGAACAAUAUUGUGAAGUUAUUAAUUGUUCAACUGUGACUGGACUUCCCUCUCCACUCAAAUUAAUUCAGUAAGAAAGAAAAAAGGAGCAGCAGAAAAGUCGAGUUUGUUGACUGUGAAGGAAAGGGAGUGCAAAAAAAAAGGAGCAAGCAUGGAGAAAAUGAAUUUUCCAGCAAGGAAUAGCUUCUGUCGUUAAUUUUGUCUCUUGCUGCAGUGAAAAAUUGCAAAUAGUUACCAAAGUGCAAGGGGGAAAAAGUGUGUACAAAGUUGCAGAAGUGGGAUAUAAUAGAAAUUUGCAGGAAAAUAGAAGAGAAAAUCCAGACAGAAAAUUUUGUUCAAACGCAUUCGAUGCUGUAAAACAGGAAAUUAAUGUGUCAUAUGCAAUAAAGUGAAAGUCCGUGACAUAGUGAAUUUGUGCGGUGGGUGAACUUUUGUACAAUUUUUCUUUAUAUAUUUUUUUUUCGGGGUGAAAUUGCUACAGCGGAAGGAAGUCAAAGUGGAAGCUAAAGAGAGAGAAAAAUCCUGUGUGAAGAAUGUCGUCCAGGAAAUUAGAAUCACCACCUAUAUCUAAUCAAUAUUCAGGAAGUAAUGCAAUCUCAAGUGGAAAAUCACCUGUGCCGUCCCCUGAUCCGGACAUUGAUGAUCCAAGCUCAAAGCGUCAAGCAACAAGAGUAUUCAAGAAGAGCUCUUCAAAUGGCAAAAUAACCGUUUAUCUGGGAAAGCGUGACUUUGUGGAUCACAUCACUCAUGUUGAUCCAAUUGACGGAGUUGUGCUCAUUGAUCCGGACUAUGUGAAGGAUAGAAAGGUGUUUGGUCAUGUCUUGGCUGCUUUUCGCUAUGGACGUGAAGAUUUGGACGUUCUGGGUCUGACAUUCCGGAAAGACUUGUAUUUAGCGUCAGAACAAAUAUAUCCGUCAACUGGCAGUGAUCGUCCAUUGACGAGGCUUCAGGAGAGAUUGAUUAAGAAACUUGGUCCAUAUGCAUUCCCGUUUUACUUCGAAGUACCACCUCAUUGUCCGGCGUCGGUGUCACUGCAACCGGCGCCGGGUGAUACGGGUAAACCGUGUGGGGUGGAUUAUGAACUGAAGGCGUUUGUUGGUGAGAGUCAAGAUGACAAGCCUCACAAGCGAAAUUCUGUUCGGCUUGCCAUUCGCAAGAUAAUGUAUGCACCGUCGAAAUUGGGUGAACAACCGUCGAUUGAGGUUAGCAAGGAGUUUAUGAUGAAACCAAAUAAAAUCCAUCUGGAGGCGAGUCUCGAUAAGGAAUUGUAUCACCAUGGUGAGACGAUAUCGGUGAAUGUUCAUGUUGCCAAUAACUCCAAUAGGACUGUGAAGAAGAUAAAAGUUACCGUGAGGCAGUUUGCAGAUAUUUGUUUAUUCUCGACAGCUCAAUACAAGUGUACAGUGGCUGAAGUGGAAUCUGAGGAUAAUGUAGUCAGUCCGGGUUUUACGCUGUCGAAAGUGUAUACAGUGAAGCCACUGUUGAAGAACAAUAAGGACAAACGAGGAUUGGCCCUGGAUGGACAAUUGAAGCAUGAGGACACAAACUUAGCUUCAAGUACACUGGAAGGAUGUCAAGUAGCACCGGGAUUCACAUUGUCCAAAGUUUUCCAAUUGACACCACUUUUGGCCAAUAACAAGGACAAAUGGGGUUUGGCACUUGAUGGACAACUUAAGCACGAGGAUACAAAUCUCGCUUCGAGUACCCUAAUUGCUGAUCCCACACAGAGGGAGAACUUGGGGAUUAUUGUGCAGUACAAGGUGAAGGUGAAACUGUGCAUAGGUGGCCCCAUACUUGGCGGGGAUUUGGUGGCUGAAUUACCGUUUAUUCUUAUGCAUCCGAAGCCAGAGGAAGAGGACGUUAAUCCCAUCCUCACGAGUCGAUCACCCAAUAAAGGUGACAGAGCAUCCCAUAGUCAGGGAGCCACGAAUAAUUCUGAGAAUGUCGACGCAGAAGUUCCAACAACAAAUCUCAUUCAAUUGGAUGGGGAUGAUGUUGGUGGUGCAGAUGAUGAUAUAAUAUUUGAAGAUUUUGCCAGAUUACGACUUAAAGGCGCCGAAACGGAAGCCUAAAUUUAUUUAAGUUAUUCACUUUAAAAGUAAACAAGAAAAAAAACAAUACACCGAAAAGUUCUCGUAAAAAGAAAUAAUGUUCUUUUUUUAGAAGAAGAAGAAAAAAAAAACAAAGUUGAAAUAACGCGGAAAUAUACCAUUUAUACAUCAAUUUUUUUUUAAAUAAAUGUAGAGAAAAUGAAACGACACAAUAUAC